AUGCCCGCUACCAGUCUAUGCCAAGAGGAGGAAUGCCCUCCAUAUAGCCUCAUGGACGAUUAUAGCGAGGGAGCUCAUCCCCAAAUCCUCGAGGCUCUUCUCCGCACCAACUCAACACAGCAGGCCUCCUAUGGAGGUGAUGCUUACUCAAAUGAGGCUAGGCAAUUGAUCAGAAACAAGAUCAAUUGUACUGCAGACGAGGCAGAUAUUUUCUUUGUCCCGAGUGGAACCUCAGCCAAUCUGAUCUCAAUUGCCAGCUGCCUUCGCCCUUAUGAGGCAGUCAUUACUCUGAACACUGGACACAUUGCAUGCAAAGAAGCUGGUGCAAUUGAGGCAACUGGCCACAAGCUCAUCCUUGUCCCGGCAGUCGAUGGCAAAAUGACGACAGCAAACCUUCAAAAGGCCAUUCAGCAAAAUCAAUUCUUCCCACACAUGGCCAAGCCGCGGUUGCUGUACAUUUCCAAUGCUUCGGAGACCGGAACAGUGUACACGAAGCGGGAAUUAACCAAUCUGUCGGCGCUUUGCAAGCAAUUGAACCUUUUAAUGCUCAUGGAUGGAGCUCGAAUCGGAACGGCAAUGUGCUCCAAGAAGAAUGAUAUGACUUUCCGAGACAUCUUCGACCUAACCGAUAUCUUUUGGAUUGGUGGUACGAAAGCCGGUGCCCUGAUGGGAGAAGCUAUCGUUGUCAAGAAGGCUCUGUCUGAAGGAUUUGUCUUCCAUCUCAAACAGCACGGUGCCCUUUUGGCGAAAGGGCGGAUUAUGGGUGUCCAAUUCAUGGAGCUCUUCCGGUCCGAUCUAUUCUUCACCUUGGCUACUCAUGCCAACACUAUGGCCGAGAAAAUCUCGGCCAAUUUCGAGGCACUUGGCCACCACUUGGUGGCGGAAACGGAGACAAAUCAAGUCUUCGUCACAAUGCCUCAGCAGCUGGCCUCAAGGCUGCAAACCCGCUUCGGAUUCUACAUUUGGGAUCAACUGGAUGAUGAACAGGUUGUUGUUAGGAUUGUGACUUCCUGGGCUACGGACGAGUUGCAGGUCGACAAGUUCAAUGCGUGGGUGGCACAGUGGACGGCGGCGGCGAAGGAAUUCGCUACAAAUUAA